AUGCCAUGCUCACGAUGCUCUGCUCACGAUGCUAUGCUCACGAUGCUCUGCUCACGAUGCUCUGCUCACGAUGCUCUGCUCACGAUGCUAUGCUCACGAUGCUCUGCUCACGAUGCUAUGCUCACGAUGCUAUGCUCACGAUGCUCUGCUCACGAUGCUCUGCUCACGAUGCUCUGCUCACGAUGCUCUGCUCACAAUGAUAUGCUCAAGAUGCUAUGCUCACGAUGCUAUGCUCACGAUGCUAUGCUCACGAUGCUCUGCUCACGAUGCUAUGCUCACGAUGCUAUGCUCACGAUGCUAUGCUCACGAUGCUAUGCUCACGAUGCUAUGCUCACGAUGCUAUGCUCACGAUGCUAUGCUCACGAUGCUAUGCUCACGAUGCUAUGCUCACGAUGCUAUGCUCACGAUGCUAUGCUCACGAUGCUAUGCUCACGAUGCUCUGCUCACGAUGCUAUGCUCACGAUGCUCUGCUCACGAUGCUCUGCUCACGAUGCUAUGCUCACGAUGCUAUGCUCACGAUGCUCUGCUCACGAUGCUCUGCUCACGAUGCUCUGCUCACGAUGCCAUGAUCACGAUGCCAUGCUCACGAUGCUCAGCUCACGAUGCUAUGCUCACGAUGCUCUGCUCACGAUGCUCUGCUCACGAUGCUCUGCUCACGAUGCUCUGCUCACGAUGCUAUGCUCACGAUGCUAUGCUCACGAUGCUAUGCUCACGAUGCUAUGCUCACGAUGCUCUGCUCACGAUGCUAUGCUCACGAUAAUAUGCUCAAGAUGCUAUGCUCACGAUGCUAUGCUCACGAUGCUAUGCUCACGAUGCUAUGCUCACGAUGCUAUGCUCACGAUGCUCUGCUCACGAUGCUAUGCUCACGAUGCUCUGCUCACGAUGCUCUGCUCACGAUGCUCUGCUCACGAUGCUAUGCUCACGAUGCUAUGCUCACGAUGCUCUGCUCACGAUGCUAUGCUCACGAUGCUAUGCUCACGAUGCUCUGCUCACGAUGCUCUGCUCACGAUGCUCUGCUCACGAUGCUCUGCUCACGAUGCUAUGCUCACGAUGCUCUGCUCACGAUGCUCUGCUCACGAUGCUAUGCUCACGAUGCUAUGCUCACGAUGCUCUGCUCACGAUAAUAUGCUCAAGAUGCUAUGCUCACGAUGCUAUAAUCACGAUGCUAUGCUCACGAUGCUAUGCUCACGAUGCUAUGCUCACGAUGCUCUGCUCACGAUGCUAUGCUCACGAUGCUCUGCUCACGAUGCUCUGCUCACGAUGCUAUGCUCACGAUGCUAUGCUCACGAUGCUAUGCUCACGAUGCUCUGCUCACGAUGCUCUGCUCACGAUGCUCUGCUCACGAUGCUCUGCUCACGAUGCUCUGCUCACGAUGCUAUGCUCACGAUGCUCUGCUCACGAUGCUUUGCUUACGAUGCUAUGCUCACGAUGCUAUGCUCACGAUGCUAUGCUCACGAUAAUAUGCUCAAGAUGCUAUGCUCACGAUGCUAUAAUCACGAUGCUAUGCUCACGAUGCUAUGCUCACGAUGCUAUGCUCACGAUGCUCUGCUCACGAUGCUAUGCUCACGAUGCUCUGCUCACGAUGCUCUGCUCACGAUGCUCUGCUCACGAUGCUAUGCUCACGAUGCUAUGCUCACGAUGCUAUGCUCACGAUGCUCUGCUCACGAUGCUAUGCUCACGAUGCUCUGCUCACGAUGCUCUGCUCACGAUGCUCUGCUCACGAUGCUAUGCUCACGAUGCUAUGCUCACGAUGCUAUGCUCACGAUGCUAUGCUCACAAUGCCAUGCUCACGAUGCUCUGCUCACGAUGCUAUGCUCACGAUGCUCUGCUCACGAUGCUCUGCUCACGAUGCUCUGCUCACGAUGCUAUGCUCACGAUGCUAUGCUCACGAUGCUAUGCUCACGAUGCUAUGCUCACGAUGCUCUGCUCACGAUGCUCUGCUCACGAUGCUCUGCUCACGAUGCUCUGCUCACAAUGAUAUGCUCAAGAUGCUAUGCUCACGAUGCUAUGCUCACGAUGCUAUGCUCACGAUGCUCUGCUCACGAUGCUCUGCUCACGAUGCUAUGCUCACGAUGCUAUGCUCACGAUGCUAUGCUCACGAUGCUAUGCUCACGAUGCUAUGCUCACGAUGCUAUGCUCACGAUGCUAUGCUCACGAUGCUAUGCUCACGAUGCUCUGCUCACGAUGCUCUGCUCACGAUGCUUUGCUUACGAUGCUCUGCUCACGAUGCUAUGCUCACGAUGCUAUGCUCACGAUGCUAUGCUCACGAUGCUCUGCUCACGAUGCUCUGCUCACGAUGCUCUGCUCACGAUCAUCUGCUGA